CCAUCAUCAGUAAUUCAAACAUGGGAGAAGUGAAGUUGCAUGGAGUCUGGCCUAGUCCCUUUAGUUACAGAGUGAUAUGGGCUCUGAAACUCAAGGGUAUACCAUUUGAAUACAUAGAAGAAGAUCUUUCCAAUAAAAGUCCUCUACUUUUGCAAUACAACCCUGUCCACAAGAAAAUUCCAGUCCUCGUUCAUGCUGGAAAACCGAUCUGCGAGUCCAUGAUUAUUGUCCAAUACAUCGAUGAGGCGUGGCCGGAGAAACCCUUGAUGCCAAGUGACCCUUAUCAGAGGGCCAUGGCUCGAUUCUGGAUUAAAUUUUUUGAAGACAAGGGCAUCGCAAUUGGGAAAAUGUUUCGAGCCACAGGUGAAGAACUAGAACAAGCAAAGAAGGAUAGCUUGGAAAUGCUGAAAACCAUCGAAGAACAUGCAGCAGGAGAGACGAAAUUCUUCAUUGGAGAUGAGAUUGGCCUAGUGGACAUAGCCUUCGGUGCAAUUGCUUACUGGUUGGAGGUCAUGGAAGAAGUACUAGGAGUGAAGCUGCUGGAAGCCCACAAGUUCCCUAAACUUGCAGCUUUGAUCAACAAUUUUAAAGAAGAACCUAUAAUCAAGGAAAACCUCCCAGAUCACCAUGACAUGCUUGUUUUCUUCAAGGGUCGCAGAGAAAAGUUACUUGCCUAGGUAUCAUAAGAGAGUGUUUGUCAGUUGUCAUAUUUAGGCUCCUCUACUAAUAAAUAAAGCCAAGAAUAAUAAGAGAGUGUAUUUUAAUUUGUCCUACGCAUCCAUGCUUAGGCAGAUUAGGCUUCUCUAUAGUAAUAAAUGUAAUGAUUAAUGAAAUGACAUGAUAUAGCAGAAUCUCAUGAUUGAACAUA